AUCAGCGCCUACCUUCCUCAGCGCAGGGAGAAGUUAGCAGUCGGCUGCCAGUCUGGUCCGUAGCCACGAUGGAUGCAAUACCAUGCUUUCUGCUCGUCCUCCUGUUCGGGACAAGGAUACAAGAAAACACCGCCCUUCAGUGUUACUGUGAGCGCUGCAGUGCCAACUCCAGCUGCACGACAGAUGGCGUCUGUUUCGUCGCCAUUCGCAAGACGGGCUCCCGACUGACCACCGAGCAGCGCCAGUGCGUACACGAAAACGAACUGAUCCCACGAGACCGACCCUUCAUCUGCGCCCCGUCCGUCAAACACGACACAGGCAUCUACCCGAUGUGCUGUACCACCAACUACUGCAACAAAGACCCCGACCUCUCCGUCUUCCCCACAGUCUCGACAGUCCAGCCCCCUCCUCUGGGUCCUGUGGCCCUCGCAGCGGUGAUUGCCGGCCCGGUGUGUGUGCUCUGCCUGCUGCUGGUUUUGGCGUUCUACGUUUGCCACAGCCACAGGGGUCUAGGAGCCGGUGGGGCUGGGGCCCACCAUCACCACCACCACCGGGUGCCCAACGAAGAGGACCCCUCCAUGGACCACCCCUUCAUCACUGUCGGAACAACGCUGAAGGACCUCAUCUAUGACAUGACCACCUCGGGCUCUGGAUCAGGCCUGCCACUGCUGGUCCAGAGGACCAUCGCCAGGACCAUCAUCCUGCAGGAGAGCAUUGGUAAGGGGCGUUUCGGGGAGGUGUGGCGGGGUAAAUGGCGUGGUGAAGAGGUGGCCGUGAAGAUCUUCUCCUCCCGCGAGGAGCGCUCCUGGUUCCGGGAGGCUGAGAUCUACCAGACUGUGAUGCUGAGACAUGAGAACAUUCUGGGCUUCAUCGCUGCUGACAACAAAGAUAACGGGACAUGGACUCAGCUGUGGCUGGUGUCAGACUACCAUGAACACGGCUCCCUGUUUGACUACCUGAACCGCUACACCGUCACUGUGGAGGGCAUGAUCAAACUGUCCCUGUCCACAGCCAGCGGCCUCGCCCACCUCCACAUGGAGAUAGUGGGCACGCAAGGUAAGCCAGCUAUUGCCCACAGAGACCUGAAGUCAAAGAACAUUCUGGUGAAGAAGAACGGAACCUGCUGCAUCGCCGACCUGGGUCUAGCUGUCCGCCACGACUCAGCCACCGACACCAUCGACAUCGCUCCCAACCACAGAGUGGGAACCAAAAGGUAUAUGGCUCCAGAGGUGCUGGACGACUCCAUAAACAUGAAACAUUUUGAGUCUUUCAAGCGAGCUGACAUCUACGCCAUGGGGCUGGUCUUCUGGGAGAUAGCUAGCCGCUGCUCUAUGGGAGGUAUUCAUGAGGACUACCAGCUGCCCUACUACGACCUGGUUCAGUCAGAUCCAUCAGUAGAGGAGAUGAGGAAGGUGGUUUGCGAGCAGAAGCUUCGACCCAACAUUCCCAACCGCUGGCAGAGCUGUGAGGCGUUGAGGGUGAUGGCGAAGAUAAUGAGGGAGUGCUGGUAUGCCAACGGUGCCGCCCGGCUCACUGCGCUCCGAAUCAAGAAAACCCUGUCUCAGCUCAGCCAACAGGAGGGAAUCAAGAUGUAGACACAACUACCAAACACACACACACCCACACACACCUCUGACUGACAUCCAUAUCGUUAGCAUUACAACAUUAUUAUCUUCAUUAUUAUUCAUCGAUUGUUCCUCCCCUUUGGUUUGGAAGGGAAGUGAAGACUUUUUAUUCCCCUUGUGUUCUUUUUUCUUAUCCCAAUUUCAUUUGUUGACAAACUGAUGAGUCCUGCAUCUAAAACUGAAAAGCAGUGUGUGUACAGUAUGUGUGUGUGUGUCACACUGGGCUCACAAACACACAUGAAUGGGUGGAUAAAAAGGAUAGAUGGAUGGAUGGAUCUGAUGAGGGCUGGCUGUGCCUGAAGGGAAUAUCAGAGGCAUUAAAGGAAGCCUUCACUCAUUAUCCUCCAUCUUCCUGUACUCAUUACAUGAAGUCUCUGAAAGACCCAUCGAUGCAACCAGUGUCCAUCUCAAGUCCCGCCUCCACCGCUCAUCGCACACCCAACCAAUAAGAGCUCAGACCUCAUCAGGUAAACUAAAGACCAGACAGGCAGCUGGGAAUCACCUAGGAGACCUCUGAGCUGCCUCACAUCUUCAUUAUCAUGCCCUCAUUUGUAUAUUAGCAUUUCAUCCUUCACUUCAGUUAAGCUACUCUUCAGCAGGGCUGCAAGUCCUUCAUUUCCAUUUUUUGAAUAAUCUUUAAUCAAGGAAUAUUCACAUUUCCUCUGAUAUAAAAACACAAAAAAUGUGUAAAAAAAAAAAAAUAAUCUAAAUGUUACUUUUUGAUGGAUCUAGACAAUAUGUGCUGUCACAUUAGGGCCAUACAGAGACUUUUACAAAUGUACCACAAACAUACUGUACAUUCUUUAAUGAAUGGAACUAUGUGCACUGCUCCCACAACACUCAUGUUAUUAAGCUGAUUGUUACAGGAGCUUGGCUUUACACUGAUUGGCACAGCUGGCCCUUUCUAAUUGCAGGGGUUCAUGAAAGCAAAAGAAAUUCUCUGAAUAUUAUCAUAAGUAUGUAAAGUAAAGAAAGGUGUGAGGAAUGCCUGAUCAUUACUGACUACUUAAUGUUGAAAUUCAAAUACCACUGAAAUAUUUUACUUUGAAAAGCAUUUACCUGGAUGCAUUUGAAUAUUUUGAAUUCAGUCGCUCAUUUUUGGAUCAAAACAUUCAAGUCAAGUCCUAAAAUUAAGUUGCUCAGAGUGAAUUUUUGUUCAGAUGAGCGACACUUAAAAUAUUUAUCUGAAUUUUUUUUAACUUGAAUCAAGUCUUUAAAAUUGAAAAACUUGGAAUAAAGUAACCAGAUAAAUUCAGACAGAAGGUCAUAUAUAAUUGUUAUCAUAUGCUUUAAAUUCAGUCUUCUUUCAAUUUCAGCACUCAGUAGUGGUUAAACUUUACAUUUAGGAGUUAUGUUGUGUAUACAAUUGAAAUUAUGGCCUGUUUUGGCUUCCAUAUAGAGGAAGUGAAUACAGCAGUUUAACAUUGACUGCUGUAGAAUGUAUUUAAUGGCAGCGAAUGGAACAAUUAACCUGUUUCUCUUUUGAUUUUAACUCUAAGAAAUCACAUUCAGUGUGUUUAUAAAAUAUUCAGAAGAUAAGAAUUUUUUUCUUUGCUGUUGUUCUGCUGCUAGAAAAGACAGCAUCAGUUCCUCUUAAUCACCGAGCUAACAGUGAUUCAACCAUGAUCAGUAUCAUUUCAGAGAGUAAAGAUUAUUCAAGAAAUGUAACCAUUUUUCAAUGUGAAUUCAUCACAGUUGGGUGCAGCCCUGCUCUUGAGUCAUGUGACAGUAGCACUGGGGACUGAAGCAAGGACCUGGGGGUUAUGGGACGGUCUGUAAGCUACCCUGUGGGGUCCAGACAAAACGUUGGCUUCAUCUGUUCUUCAUCUAGUCGAGUUGUGAGCAGAAUCUCUCAUCUCUGCAACAAUUUUGCACCUGUUUUUUUUUUUUUUUUUUAAACUGUUGUUAUUUCCCCGUCUCCCCUCGGUAUUAUCAGGGAGUCGGACAGGUCAGUUUAAUUUAUUAUGGUUUUUUUUCUUUCUGGUGGCAGGGGAUCUUUUUUGCAAAACUAAACUGGACAUGAUGACCUCAUUCAUUUUUGGUGAACAUGCUGCAACAUAUGCAAUAUACAGUAGAUAAAUGUGUCUAUUUUCUAUACUCUGCUCUGCUAAACCACAAACAGCAAGAACAACAACACCAACAACAAUCAGCUGCCACCAUGCCUUCCAAGCCAGCUGUUACCGGAAAGUGCCAGUGCUUUAAAAACCCAACUCCUCUCAUGUCGGCUGCUGUGGAGCGUUUGUUUCUCGCAUGUAUGCAGCUCUGUGCGCGUGUGCGUGUGUGUGUGCGUGUGUGUGUGUGUGUCAGAGGAGGCCUGCAGGAGCCCUGCCGAGCAUAUAACAGCUUUUACUAUGCACACCCAAGAAGUAGGGACGGAAAGCAAGAAGGGACACACCGCACGGCACAGCACCCACAAUCCAGCCGACUCUGGUGCCAUUUCGUCAAACCCCACCACCUGAACACCUGACCACCUCAGCAACAACUCAUCGUACAGCUUGUCCUCCCAGUGGACUGAGUCUGGAAACUGAGCUUCAGCACCUCAAACUGUCUUUAGUUGGAAAAACCGUUGCCACAAAAGCUCAUGGUGGCUUUCAAAAAGAGACACAAAGACUUGUAAGCAUUACUGAUGUUGCCCUAUAAAUGUAAAAGUUUGGAUUUCUGAUUUUUGUUAUUUCACGUUUUGCGCAGCAGUGCAAAUCAACCUUUCAAGCAUUUUCUUCUCUGUAGGAUAAUCAACAAAAAAACAGUGAGGUACAUUCAUUUAAAUAUAGCAAACGGAUAUUUACUAAGCCAUAGGUUUUCCAGGUUGUGUAUUAUUUUUUCUUCUUUUUUUUUUUUUUUUUUGUUUUGUUUUUUUUGUGGCGAGGUCUUUUUCUACUAGAAUGUACAUUUAUGAAAAACAAAAGAUGACGAAAAAAUGCGUAAAAUGGACAAUUUUGUCAUUUCAGCUUAGCAAGCCUUAAGGGACCAACGCAUAAGAGCCAGGAUCUGCUCUUAUUUUCUUUUUUCCUUUUUUUUUUUUUUUAAGAAAAAAUAUAAAUAUAUACACAUAUAUAUAUAAAUAUA